AUGAAAAAGAUUACCCUUUUUGACAUUCGUCUCGAUGAGGAUGUUCUCGUAAUACGUGGCGAUCCUACGGAGGCUCCGGCCGUGCAGCUGAGUGGGAGGGUUAUCUUGUCCUGCACAGAGCCGGUCAAUGUCAAGUCCCUUUCCGUCAAGCUGAAUUGUCAACAAAGGUUUCGUGUAAAUGAAAUCUUCCACGGACCUUUCGGGCCAACGAUGAAAAUGUUCAAACAUGAUGGUAUUCUUUUCUCAGACCGAAAGGUUCAGAUCGGGGAGAAGACUGUCAUCCCCGCUGGGAACCAUGAAUACCCGUUCCAAUGGCUUCUCUACGGCAAUGCACCAGAGUCUGUAGAGGGUUUCAGCGAAGCUAGCAUCCUCUGGGAUCUUCAUGCACACCUCGAGCGAAGCGUUUACCUCUCAGAUCUUCAUGCAUCCAGGCACUUCCGUGUCGUUAGGACAUUACCACAUACUGCUUUAGAGUUCUCUCAGACUAUGGCUGUCGAGAACGUCUGGGUAAAUAAGAUCGAAUACAGCGUUACUACACCAUGCAAAGCCGUCGUAUUCGGAUCUUUUAUCCCAAUCGAAAUCAAAUUGACACCUUUACUCAAAGGCUUACUAGUGAACAAAAUAUCGGUUUCUUUAAAAGAAACCUACGAAUUGAGUCCUCAUGUGGCCAAAGAAAUUAACGGAACACGGAAUAUUCUCGACGUUGAAUACCCUGGAUGGGAGGAUCCGCCGAGUGAUGAGGAUGAUGGGUCUUGGAUCCUCAACGAGAAAAUAUUUCUCCCUCAGACGCUAGCCAAAUGCCUCCAGGACUGUGAGGUUGGUAAAAUAAAGAUUCGACAUAAACUCAAAUUCGCAAUCCAACUCAAGAACCCUGAUGGCCAUAUCUCCGAGCUUCGCGCCACUCUUCCCAUCAUGCUCUUUAUCUCCCAGCAUUAUCUUGUCAACGAUCAGAACCAAGUCCCGGAAAUAACAAGCUUUGUUACCGCCGAGGAUGAGACUGCCGCACCCCCGCGGUAUGAACAACAUCAACUAGACACGUUGUACGAAGGUGUCGACUUGAAUAUGUACCUGAGUCGGACCAACUCCCCAGUCCUGCUUAGUAGAUCAGGGUCUGCAGAGAACCUUCAACAGCUACAAAGUGCUGGUCUCACACCCCUGAGCUCGCUUUCUGGAACCUCUUCCCCAAUGUUCACCCACGAUGCCUCGACGUCACGCUCUAGUAAUGUAUCGUCUAGCUAUGGUACAAGUCACCUAUCUCUUAUGACUGCACACGGCCAUGCCGACCUCGUUGCUAGGUUGCAGCGAGCUCAUCAGCGGCCAGCAGGCUCGAGUGGUAGCUUGAACGCUUUGGCGAAUAGUACGUCGUGGACCAAUCCUUCUAGUGGAAGGCAGUCUCCGAACCCUGAUUCACCAACUCUCGAAGCCCACUCACUUUCUUCGAGUCCGAAUACCGCUCUUCACAUGGCAACUAUUUCACAAGUUCCAUCCUACAGCACAGCAAUAAGAACGCCAACUCGUAAUUUGAGCUUUGAAAGUUCUCCAGCCUAUGAACGAGUCGCAAGCGGGCCCCCUAGCAGAAUUACUUCCUCAUAUAGCCUGGCUGAUAUGGCUGAAGUACCAAGUUUGUCACGUUCUUCUAGUUCAAGCGGACAUAGUGGUCGCGGUCAAGCCUCGCCUGAGGAACAUCAGAGCACUGGAGGACAGCAGCCAAAGCAAAAUACACCACCCUCUACCGGCCAGGGACAUCGUGCCCCGAAGCUAUUCGCGCCGAGAUGGAGAGGCUAG